GCUGAGGAGGAGACGGGCGGAAGUGGUAGAUCGCAGUGGCGGAAAUGCAAGGGAAAAGGGCGGAUGUGAUGUGGCGGAAGUGGCAGGACGGCGCGAGGUGAAAGAAGAUGGCGGCGGGGCCGAUCUCCGAGCGGAAUCAGGAUGCCACAGUCUACGUCGGAGGUCUGGAUGAGAAAGUCAGCGAGCCGCUGCUGUGGGAGCUUUUCUUACAAGCCGGGCCCGUAGUGAACACACACAUGCCCAAAGACAGGGUCACGGGGCAGCACCAAGGUUAUGGCUUUGUGGAGUUCCUCAGUGAGGAAGAUGCAGACUAUGCUAUUAAGAUUAUGAACAUGAUAAAGCUGUAUGGGAAGCCCAUCAGAGUAAAUAAAGCCUCAGCACACAACAAGAACUUGGAUGUCGGAGCAAAUAUAUUCAUUGGGAACCUGGACCCUGAGAUUGAUGAGAAGCUUUUGUACGACACCUUCAGCGCAUUCGGAGUGAUCUUACAAACCCCCAAGAUCAUGCGAGAUCCAGACACGGGGAACUCCAAGGGCUAUGCUUUCAUCAACUUUGCCAGCUUCGAUGCGUCUGACGCAGCCAUCGAGGCCAUGAACGGACAGUAUUUAUGUAACAGGCCGAUCACCGUGUCCUACGCCUUUAAGAAGGACUCCAAGGGUGAAAGGCACGGGUCCGCAGCAGAGAGGUUGCUGGCCGCGCAGAACCCACUAUCCCAGGCCGACAGGCCUCACCAGCUUUUUGCAGACGCCCCUCCGCCUCCCAGCGUGCCCGCUGUCAUCACCUCCUUAACCAGCGCGGUUGCUGCAGGCAUGCCUACCUUUCCUCCAGUCCCUCCACCCGGUGCAUUACCGCCUGGGAUGCCCCCCAACAUGCCUCCACCUCCGAUGUCUCCAGUCACUGCAGCUGGACAGGCCGCUUCAGGUGCCGGCCAUCCACAAGUGCCGCUUCCUUUCCAGUCUGGUGCUAUGCAUCCUGGUUUGCAAAUGCAGGUUCCACAUCACGCCCUGGGACCUUCACCGAAUCAGAUGGUGGCACGUCCACACGGUAUGACCCAUUCAGGCCCCCCUCCGAUGGGCAUGCCACCGAGAGGGCCACCGUUCGGAGCAAUGGGACAUCCGGCUAUGCCUCCUGGAAUGCGACCACCACCUCUGAUGCCACCACACGGAUACAACGGCCCGCCAAGGCCUCCACCCUAUGGUUACCAACGUGGCCCCCUCCCACCUCCACGCCCCGCCCCUCCACGUCCCCCAGCACCCAUGAGGCUACCAAUGACACAGUGAGCAGCAUAAAUUUCCCAUCACAGCACACCAUGCCAUAUUUCUGUGUAGUGCGGCCCCACGGAAUCUGCACACCUGCCGGGAAGCCUCUAGAGUUUUGUACGGUUUGGAAAUGUGUAGAUAUAAAGACAUUUUUCUUAUUUUAUUUUUUACAUCUCCAAAUGAGCGUGACCAUUAAAGAAGCGGAGUCAUGCCGUAAAAUCCCCAUUGCGACCAGCUCCGCAAACGUAACGGCAAUUCCACUUCUGUUCCAUGCGUUCAUUUCUCUAAAGACUGUCAGACGUGCAAAGCUGCUGCAGGAUAUUUACAAACAACUUUUUUUUUUUUAAUAUCUGUUAUGUUUUACGUAAGACGUCUUUGUAAAUGGUAGAUUGCAAUAAAUGACCAAAACGUC